AUGGAUAACUCCCAGCAACAACCCGUCACUUCACCACAAUCUCAACACUUGGACUCCGCGAACUUUACUAAUCAGCUGAUAAAGAUCGAGCAUGAAUCUCAAUCUGGUGAGACCUCACCAGCAACAAAGGAGGCUGAUACAAAGAAAAAGAGAGCUGGUCCUAAAAGAAGAAAAGUUACUCACGCAUGCGUAUAUUGUAGGCGAUCUCAUAUGACAUGUGACGAUGGUCGUCCUUGCCAACGUUGUAUAAAGAGAAGCAUAGGGCAUCUUUGUCACGAUGAGCCAAAAGGUUCUCACGGUCCUCAACAAGUGGGUGGCGGAAAUAAUACUGUGCCGGCUAAUCUCAUAACAAUGCAAUCUGUUCCUCAAGUUUUGAGAACGACAAAUAAUUACCCCAACUUUCAAGAUCUCACACAGCUUGCGUGUUCGACGUUACCUACUCCUCUUACUUUUGCCAGCGAACAUACGGGUCAUGAAUUCACCGUAGUGACACGGCUUAAAUUACCUACAAUAUGUUUACUUAAUUAUUCUUUUGUGGAAAGUAAUUUUUUGGAGAGUGUGGACGGCAACCAACAAAGUCAGCACAAUAAUAACGGUCCGCCGGUAGAUACCACCGAAAAGUUUCUUUUAACCGCAGCCGAUCCAUCGGAUGGUACGUCUGAAGACCGAUUAACCCAAGUAAUUAACGCAAAGUAUGAAGCUGGAUUCUUGAAACCAUAUAAUUACGUUAAUGGCUACGCUCGCUUGGCACAAUAUAUGGAAAAUCAUAUGUCUAAUCUAAGUAAACAACGAAUUUUGAAUUCACUGAGCAUUUUCCGUCCUUCCUUCCGUAACGUUGCACUAUCAUUAACGGACAUUGAUCUGGUUGUGGUUGAAGGAGUAUUUGAACGUCUUUUAUUGGAUUAUGAUAGAGUAUUUAGCACUAUGGGUAUUCCGGCAUGUCUAUGGCGCAGGACAGGGGAGAUAUAUAAGGGCAAUAAAGAAUUCGCUUCUCUUGUAGGUGUGCAUGUAGACAUGUUAAGGGAAGGGCGCUUGUGUAUAUACGAGUUGAUGAUGGAAGAAUCGGCUGUAAAUUAUUGGGAGAAAUACGGAAAUAUUGCUUUUGACGCAGGUCAAAAAGCCGUAUUGACAUCAUGCUUGUUGAAGGGACCAGAUCAAGAUCUUCAAAAUGUUACAUCGUGUUGCUUUUCAUUCACAAUUCGCCGUGAUAAGUAUAACAUUGAAAAAAGUCCAAAUAAAAAUACAGUUACAUCAAGUAAUUUCGCACCUAAAGUGUGUGCGGCUGCUUUGAAAUGGAAAAGGGGCGGAUAUAAGAAACAUAGAGGUACACUAGAAUAG